GGCAGUACACUAAGGGCCGGUGGGUUCCAGCUUACGGGCAGCAAUAAGGUGAACAUACUCGAAUAAGUGUAUAACGGGACUCAACAUUAUGCAUUUCUCGUUGUUAUAUUCGCUAAGGUGGUCAAUUGUAGUCAAACUGAAUUUCUAUUUGAUUGGACCAAUACAAAUUGUCUUACCUUAUAGUAUCGUAUACAGUAGUGUAUAGUGCAACAGUUAUCAUCUUGACACGUAGAUAGCGUGUCCGCUCACGUGUACAUUAUAUUAUUAAGUUGGUCGGUCCUUAACAUGAUCUUGUGAGUUUCCAGCUAAGAAGUCAACGAAAAUACUUAGGGCAGAUGAUGUAAAGGUUAUUUGUUUCUGUGGCCCACGGUUAGCCAGGGUUUCGUAUGGCGAGCACAACGAACAACUGCCUUUACUUUUCCUCAACUUAUGUCAAGUACCCAUAAGAGCUGAGCGGACUCAGAGGCGCCCUAAAAAUCCCGAAGUUUAAAAUCCCAGUCUUCGCUUGGAUUCGAACUCAGGACACGGAAGCUAAGCUUUACCAUUCAGCCACCCAUUUAGUAAGCCUAUAGUGCGUGUCCAUCUCUAGUCAAAGCAACCAGCAUAUUUUUUUUAGCGCAUUGAAACUGGGAACAAUAGGCCUGUGAUCUGUCGAGUGAGACUCGAAAUGAUGUGAGCUCCCAGAUGCUCAUCUUAUGGAGCCCUUUGACCUGACCUUUCAUCAGGUGACUUCAGAGGAAAAUCUCAGUGACACUAGCAGCUUUGACUCGUUCAGUAAUGUGGUGAACUACGAGACCACAUUUGAUGGCUCUGACCAGUCGCUACCACUAAGUACCUACAAUGUAAAUACUCUUCACUAUACUUGGAAAGAUUACACCUAUCCAUCAACCACAGCAAUACAGACUGCUAACGGUGGAGUUCCCACUGGACACAACAGUACCUCAGUACAGCAUCAGCCCAUCUGGUACAGCGUAACUGAGGGCAGUCCUCCCCACCAGUCAUUCUUAGUCCAUCCUGACGAUUCUCUGGCCGAGUUUAAAACCCCUCAGAAUAGCAGUUCAGUCAGCAAACAACAGCUGAAAGUUUUGGCACAGAUAUCCUCGAACACAUCAGCUUUAACAAAAGAAGGCAAGCGCUGUCUGAAAUUUGUGGCUCGCACAGUGACGUCACCAUCAACUCCAAUUCCACCAACACCGAUCACCAUGUCUGAGCAGGUUCAGAAUUACACACACUUGUAUCAGCAAGCUCCACCCCAGUCUGUGGAGUCUGAUAUUGACAGUGAUGAGAAAGACAGCAGUUUUGAAACAGUGGCCGAAGCUUUGAAACUACAGUGGUCAGUUAUAGGAAAUAAAACGUUGACGCCAGUGUCUCCAGAUAUUGUUGCUCAAGUAGUCGCACAGGCUGAACAAAAAAUUAAAUCUGGGGAAUUGAAUCCUUCGUCAUUAUUGAGCCCAGCACCUUCAGUCACCUCUUCACAGGAUGAAGAAAACUCUACUAGAGAAACAAGUCUGCCCCCUAUAGCUGAGAUUGCAGGCUUGCUUCAAGAGAGCCACAAAGGAGACUGUCCAAGAGAACUGAAGCGCAUCAUUCCAACAGAAAUAACCACAGAGAAGAAACAAAGUGGACCAUGGUUUUCUUCAGGGACCAAACCCCCUGAACCAAUUUUACACGAAAGUAGCGGCCACGUUAGUCCAACUUACAAGGACCAAAAAACAGCCUCUGCUCCGCCAGGGAGUGAUCAGCUCCUAAAUAAAGAGGCAGCGUCUUCCUCUACAUCCGAGGCUCAGGCUAAUCAUAAACUCAUACCACCAUAUACCGGUUCAGCCAUACUGGCCACAAACACUGACCACACAUCCGAUAGUGUGAAAGAAUUAGAUGUUGAUAUGGAUAAAUAUAUCCAGUCUUCGCUAAUGGCUGCUGGAAUCUCAACUGAUUACCAGCUUGAGUCGGAGGAGUUUCUCCGCUCCCUGCCUCCAAUCAAACCCAUAAAUCUUGAUGCUUUUGUCAAUAUACCACUUCUUCCUGCAAGGCCACCAAAGACUCAUGAAAGAAGGCAAACAUCAGAAACAUUGGUGAAUGAAUCUCCGAAGUCCUCCAAGUCUAGAAAGCCAGAAGAAAUUCAAAGCAACGGCGUUUCUCCUGGCAACUACAUCAACUCUGCACCAUCAUUCCAACAUUCACCGACACACCAGGACAGCACAACGCUCGGCAGCAGUUAUGCAUACUAUUCUACCCCAGACUCACACCUGAAGACCAUGCCACAUCAACACUUGUUUCAACAUGCAGGAUCUCCCAUCACUGCUAAUUCUCCUUCAGACCAGACAUCAUUGUACCACUCAGCUUUGUCAGCAGGAGACUCUCCAAGUUUGAAUACCAUCAGCAAAAAGCAAUUUGAUGAUCUCCUGAAAGCCAAGGCUAAACUGCAGGGCCAGCUGGAAGUCCUGACUGAAGAAUCUCAAUCUAUGUUAAAGGAAAGGACAGAACUUCAAGCUCAACUGGCCACAUUGAAAGGUAAACUAGCUCAGUUGACCGCCACUGGUGCAGGCUCUGCUGGCGAUGCCAACCUUAAGAAAGAAGUAGAGAACCUGAGAGUCUCUAGGCAGCUUCUGGAGAGGACCAUACUGGACGCCAACAGGAUGUUGUCAGAGAAGGCUGAAGAAAUCAGAGCAUUGCAAGAUGAAUUUCAGGUGGCUCAGGAGUCCUCAUCUAAGCUGCAGGUUAGGUCCCAGGAAAUGAGGGAUGAAAUCAGGGCUAAAGAUAUGAAUGUCCAGGCUCUCAAAAAUAAAAUUGCUGAGCUGUAUGUGGAAGUUCAAAUGACCAUUCAAGCUAAGAUGGAGGCCGACACUGAGGCACGCACAAGUCGCAAUGAUUUAGUUUCACUGGUCAAAGCCAAGGAAUGGUAUCAGGAACAGCUACAGCUGGCUCAUGAUGUCAGGUCCAAGCUUCAGAGAGAGUUAACUAUCUUACAAGGUCAAACUGUAUCCCAUGGUACAAUAGUGGAGCGGCUGAAGUCAGAAUCAGCUCGUUUGAGGCAGCAACUGGCUGAGACCCAACAGAGGGCGCUAAAAGACAAAGAACUACUUGCUCGCCACCUGGAGGCCAUUCAGUCAGACAUGACCGAAAGAGAGGCUGCAUUCCUGGAAAUUCAAAGAGAGAGAAAACUGUAUGAGGACACAUUUAACUAUCAGGUGCUAACAGCUGAAGAGGAAAAGUCUCGAUUGUCUAUGCUGCAGCAGGCUACUCAGGACUUGGAAGCCCAACUAGACAGAGCCCAUAAUGAAGCCAAGAGGAGGCAUGAGGAGCUGCUGAGUAUGGAGAAUGGUCAGAUGGAUGUGAUGAAGAGGCUGGCUGUGGCAGAGAAAACACUUGGAGAGAAGGAAUCCACUUUGGAAGAAAUGGAGCAGAAGCUCAUACAGAUGGAAUCUCAGCUUCAGGUUGUCAUGUCUGACCUCAGCAAGAAGGAUUCUGAGAUACUGGCACUGAAGGAAGACAAAGCUACAACUGAGAUAGCAUUAAAGUCUGCUCUCCAAGAAAAAGCUUCAGUUGAUAAGGCUCUGGAUGUCCUGAAGGCUGACAUGGGAAAGGUGGAGCUUAGCUUCAAGCAAAUGAAACAAGAACUGAGUGUUAGACUGAAUGAACUGCAGCAAGUCCAAGCAGAUAAAGAAAAAUUGCAGGAGGAAUUGGAUCGCUCACAGCAUGAGCUGGAGAUUAAGUCUCUGAGUGUGGAUGCCAUGACACGCAACUUUGAUGGGCAGUCUGCUGCUCAGCAUGACCUUCAGGCGGCCAAAAUUAACCUUGAAGAACAGCUUCAUGGAAUGAAACUUAAGAUUCAAGAAUUAGAGUAUCAGCUGACUCAGAAAGAAGCUCUUCUUGUGAGUGAAACAGAAAAAGUGACAAACCUCACUGCCAAAGUCUUAGAGCUUGAAGUCAAAUUAGAGUCCACUAAAGAAAGUGUAUCUGUAGAGACAAUCAAAAUCUAUGAGUCUGAGAUGGAAGGUCUCAGGCUGCGCAUCCGUGCCCUGGAGGAGACGGAGGUAGAAGAGGCCAACAUGGUGGAGAGAGAAAAAGAACAGCUUCAGUUGGAGAUAGCCAAACUGAAGGAUGAACUUCUGAAUCGACAGAAAUCCUAUGAUGAGAAUCUAGAUCUUUUGGACAGAAAGUUAAAAGAGCUGAUGUCAGAUAAACAGCAGCUUGAGAUAGAGCUGGGUAUAGCCCGUAGAUCUGAGGAACUCACUCAACUGGAGGAAAGAGACAGUUAUACUGAGGAGAUUCAGAGUCUGACAAAAGAACUUCAGACCGAGAGAGCAGCAAGAGUGGAGCUUGAACACAAACUGUCGUCUUUCCAAGCCAGUAAAUUGGCUGAAAUAGAAGCCCUGCAGCAGAAGCUUGUGUACCAGACUGAGGCUUUACAGUCACUUCAAGCCUGGCAGCUCACUGCGUCGGAUAUUGAAGCAACCAAUCAGAGGUUGGAGCUGGACCUGGAGAAAGAGCGCGGCAGAGUGAUGGGUUUAACCCAGAAAAACACAGAACUCAAAGAACACAGCCAUGAGCUUGAAGCUGCUUUGGCCCUGAGAGAGUCUGCCUUUGAUGACUUGAAACGUUCCGUGGAGGAGUCUGUUCAAGAUUUAGACAAAAGAGACCAGAAGUUCUUGGAUCGAAUCUCUAGCCUGGAAAUGUCUGUCGAAAAAGAGGUGGAGGUUCAAAGAGAUCUACGUAAACAGAUGGGAACUAAAAUAAUGGAAAAUAAACGGCUUAAAAAGCAAAACGAUGCCAUUAAAUUAGAACUGGAGCAGCUACGCCAAGACCUAGCUUCUGCGCAACACACAGCUACCCAGGCCAUGAGUGAUCUUGAUGUGGCCAAUCGCCUUUCUCAGGACCAUCUGACGGAGGCAAGAGAAAGCACGACUCUUAUCAAAUCAUUGGAGGUGGAACUGGAGAGAGCCAGAGGAGACUUGACUGACAACUUGGCCAGACAGACACUUCUUACAGAGCACAUUCAGAGUUUAGAAUGGCAGUGUUCACAGAAAUCCAGAGAAGUGGCAGCAGCGCAGGAACAAAUCAAACUAGUAGAAGAGAGGGCACAGACUGAGGUGGAGGCUAUCAAGUUAACUCUGCAGGCCAAGCAGUCAGAAAUUGAUAGCUUACAGUCAGAGUUGACUGUUCUCAGGCAGGAUAAGUCACACCAGAGAUCACAGGUCAAUGAGCUGAGAGGAGCGCUGAAGGCUUCAGUUCAACACCACAAGCUGACCAAGAGACUCAACGAGGCUGACACUAAUGACAAAAGUGUUCAGGCCAACAUUGAGCGAAAGAUAGUCAUCCCCCCUCUGCCCUUUGACCUGGCCACUAUUGAGCAGCUAAUCCAAGAUACCAAGGUCACUCCACUAGACAGCAGGCCGCUGGACCAACUUUCCUCCUGCCUGUCAUCACUGAGGGCAGAGAUUACUGGACUGCAGAAACAGAUGGACAGACAUACGACAGCUGUACACACCUCCAGUCAGUCUUGGAAGAAUGUCCAGAUUGAAGUGAAUGACCUAAAUGAGGUCAUGAGAACGGUUGCCAACACAAUCAUAGCUGCUAAUAGCAGUAGCACGAUACAGAUGACAACGGCGGUAGAUAGGGAGCGGGCUGACAUCAUGCAUAUAUGAUACAUCACACUGUAGUGUUGACAUCAUCAUCUGUGAUAUGAAACUCUUUUUGAAGGGAGAGUAAUUCUCUUCAUUGGAUCUUCCAGUUGUCAAAAUGGCUUUGACAUGUUGCGAAUCCAUAGUACAAGUUAAUUUUGUUGACUUCAGAAUACCUGUACACAUUUAGUUAACCUUUUUUUUUAAAACUUGUUUCCUACUGAGCCAUAUGAGAACAAUGUUACUUUGGUCAAAGGCUAGAUUUAAAAAGUGCCUUCAAUAAUCAGAUCUUGUCAGAAGUCUAAAAAGACGUAUGAAUUUUUAUGGCUUUGAUCUAUUUAUCCUUCAUUAAUUGUUUUAAAUAUUUGAUUCAGACUUAAUUGAUACUUUGUUAGCAAUGAAAAGUAAGCCAUGAAAUUGAUCUAUUUUUAAAGAUGUAGUUGUUAUAGUCUUGUAAACUUCACUUGCUAUUGAGUCUUUAUGCAUCUGAAGUUGUAGUCUGUUUUGGUCUCUAGACUUGUGCAUUUCUAGCUGAUGGCAUUCAAAAUGUUUAUAUUAGAAUACUUUUUUGUUUUUUGUUAAUCCACAUUUACAUUUGUCCAGCAGACGUCUUCAUAAAUAGACAUUUGUUUUUUCACAUGAAAGUCACACCAUUUCUGAAAUCAAAUAGAAAUGUUCUAGAAAACUGACCACAUUUAUAUGUACUGCAUAACCACAUGUCAAGAAAACAUUGACAUAGGAACAUAUUUAGACUUAGAAGUUUCGUUGCCAGUAGGUAUCAUCUUACCAGGCAUCCAAGUCUCAAUUUUGAGAGUUUGGCAGCAAUGUUUUUAACUUCCGAAAACUACGUUUACAAAAAUACCUGGCCAAAAAAAUGUAUAAUUUUCUACCAAGUUGAACUGGCAUUAAGUUUUAUAAGAAUCUACAAAUGUGCUUCACUUAAUAUCAAAGGACUUCUUCACAAAAUGUAUAUCUAGUAUUAGAACUCAAUAAACCAACCUCAAAACUGUUUCAUCCAAAAUAAAACAUUUUAAAAUCAUGUGUAAAAAGUUUAAUAAGAAAUUAUUUUGUGGUAAAUUUCUUGAGUUACCCGUUAUCAUUGAACGCUUGCUAAACUCUCUCACUUUGAUGGCUGUUUUAGACAUAAUAAGACUUAUCUCAGGUGUAACCUUAUCAAAAUUAUUAUGCAAAUUUUAUGUGCAUGUUUUUAAUUAGUCCGAUGAAAUAAACUCUAUUUUAAUAUGACCUUGACAUUUUUAUUUAUGCUGAACAUUUCCUAUGCACAUGUUUUUGUUUUUGGCCAAACAUUUUGAAUUUGGGUUUUUUCUUUCUUGUUGGGAUAUAGACCUGAUGUUCAAUUUUGUCUUGUUCAAUUUAACAUUUGGUUUAAAUGUUGACCUUUAUAUAAAGAUUACUCUGUUCAUGACACUAGACUAUACAUAUUGAUUUGUAAAUUUGAUUCUUUUUUUUUUUUAGGUUGUGAUUUUUAUAUUUAUGAUAUCUUCAUUUUUUAAUGACUGCAGUAUAAGUUUUUAAUAUCUCCAAAUGGCAACUGAUGGAUAAUUUGGUUUCUACAAUAUGACCAGUCCAACACUCAUUUAAUUUUAGUUCUAAAUCUAAUCCAAGCAUUCAACCCAUGAACUCAGCUAAUGACUUCUGCCCAGUCCAAAUGUCUGGAUAUUUAUAUUUUUUUUUAAUUUGGAGGGGAUUUUUGUGAGAAGGUUUCCAUGUUGCCUUAAGGCGCGCAGCAAACACAACUCUGCUUAAGUCAGGUUUUGAUAGGAAGACAGCUUCAUAUGACAAAUAGACACCUUAAGUAGAUCCCCUGCGGACAACAGCUUUUUCUGCAUUAGAUGUUUAACUGAGUUUGCAUAAAAAUGUAAAAUGCUGCAAUUAUUCUUAAUCUUUAAUGAUUCUUUAGUAAGCUGCCAACUUGUACAUUUCAGAAGUCUAGGAUGACUUUCCCUGUUUUUAUUUAGGUGUCUUUCCCUUUCAAGUCUGCCGGGACCUUUCAUUGUUUUUGUUGCUCUGAAGGGACCAUUCAUUAUCCUCAUCUCCAGCAAGACCCUUGUGUCUUGGCUGUAUUAGAAUUAUAUUACACCCUCAAAUCAGUUUGUUCUAUUCAAAAUGUAGUCACUACUUCUUAAUGGACUUCAGCUGUGGCUCUAACUACUUGAAAUGAAAGUGUUCUUUAGAAAUCUAGUCCAGCUUUAUUAUGAACCUAUUUAAAAACUGUGCAGUGAAACUGAAUUUGAAACAAACCACCCAAAGACUUAUUUCAUUGUAAGUUUUAGUAAAAAUAUAUUCACCAUGAACAUUGACAGCCACAUCUGAAAUGCGUACAAAAAUUAUAAUAAAGUUGAUUUAAAUUUAAUAUUUGGAAUCAUUACAAUUAUUUUUUCUGUUUGAACUCAUGAAUGUUAGGCCAUCUUGUGUCAGGCAGGUGUUCUGUGAGUUUAUGCUUGCAUUAAGGCUUUAGAUCACAUUAUUCUCGUCCAAUUGAAUCAACAAACACAAAAUAAGAUUUAUUAAAAAGUCCAUAUUUUAACAAAGGAACUUUUGUUUUUAUAAAUUAAAACUUAGUUUAUUAAGUGUCCACAGGAUGACUAGUUUGGGAUAUUUUUUUUUUUACUAUUAGGGCAAAUGUUUGUACCAUAGAAAGAAUUUUUACUCUGAUGCAUAAUUUGUAAUAUUUUUUCAAGUUAUCGUAGCUGUAGACUUUAUUUAUUUCAUUUUUUAAACUUGUGUCUAGCAGUAUUAUAUUUAAGUUGACAUCGUGUGAUCAUUUUAUUCUUCCAUCUUUUUCUGUCCUUCAUUUUGUUGAAAGUUUUGGAUUUGAAACAAAUUUUUUUUUGUUUAAAAACUUAUUUUAAAAAUAGAUGAAUUAAACCACAAGACAUAUUGACAUAAGUAGGGGAAAAUAAAACGUUUUGAUAAAGGUAUUUUUAAAAAAUCAUUUUAAUUUUUUUUUUUCUAGACAAAAUAAUGUCUAAAAAAAUUAAAGUGUAGUUUUUUUUAUUGUUGACCUUUUUCUUUAACUCUUUCUCUCCUAACUGACAAUACCAACGUUGAUUCCACCAGAAUGUGGUAAAUAAUUACGGAGAGAAAGAGUUAAGAUUAAAGAAUUUUUAAAUGAAUAUUAAUUCCUUUAUGACAACUUCUAUUUUUACAAUCAUUUGUUAGGAACUGGCCACCAAAGCUACUUAGCUGUGUACAUGAUAAAGUUUUCCAAGCAAGUAAUUUAGCUAUCCAUAUGUCAUUGUAACUGUGAACAAAGGAAACUUCUUUGCAAUGUACCAAAUUUGAAAUAUAUAAACACAUUUAGGGUCUAGUGUUCUUAUCAAUGGUAAACACUCAAAAGUGCUAGCUAGCUAACAAUGUAUCUAAAUUGGUUGGACCAAAUAGUUUGUGCAUGUGUGUAAUGCUUGUAGUGAAACAAUGCUAGUCUCUGAGCUUUCAAUUCACAACCAGACAUUUGACUGCCAGUCUUUUGAUUGACUUUUGUGACAGGGAUACCAUUAGUCUUGUCACAAGUGUUGUGUAAUGCUAGUCUCUGAGCUUUCAAUUCACAACCAGACAUUUGACUGCCAGUCUUUUGAUUGACUUUUGUGACAGGGAUACCAUUAGUCUUGUCACAAGUGUUGUGUAAUGCUAGUCUCUGAGCUUUCAAUUCACAGCCAGACAUUUGACUGCCAGUCUUUUGAUUGUGACAGGGAUACCAUUAGUCUUGUCACAAGUGUUGAUUGAUAAAAUCCUAAAAUAAAAAGACAACAUUAUGGAACAAAUAGAGUCUUCUUCGUUCUCAUUGUUAUGUCGGAGUGUUCAGAUGACUAGGCCAAUACAUGAGAUGAACAGCGCAGUGGUUUCCAAAUCAGGGAGCUCUCCAUAUAGUUUUCUUUCUAUUGGGGUGAUUUGGGGCCAAUGUCUUAUACGGGCCAAAUAGAGUCUGGUAUGUGAAGUUUGGUGAAGUUUGUCCAAUUAUUCUGUAUCAACUUUUUUAUAAUCAAUGUUUGUUGUUGACUUUUUUUUUUUUCUGUUGAAACAUGGGAAUACAAUCACAAUUGUAAUUUAUGCAUCAUAUAGAACUAAUCUACCUGGAGGCAAAAUGCAUGAAUUUAGUGAUACGUAACUUUAUAAAUGUCAUCUUGUUCUCUAUGGGAAGUAUUAAAUUGUUGGGCUAAUAAUUGAACUGUGUUUUUAUUUUGAAAUGUUGAUGUUUUUUUAAUCUGCUAGUAAAAGCUGGAUAUUUG